AGCAGUGCCAUCCAGAGUGUGUGGGAGGUUGUCGCCUUCCCGGCAACGCGACUGCCUGCGUCGCCUGCAAGCACUACCAGCAUGGAUCCGCUUGCGUCCGAACCUGCCCUGCUCAGUCGCCCCGGAACGUGCAUGAUCUACGCUACAAAUGUGUAACGGCCAGCACCUGUGAAGCGAUGUCUGGAAUCGUCGAAUGAUGGAGUUGCCAGAAUCAGACAUUUCAGCGCCUGUCUGUAUACACUGCGACGGUAACUGCAGCAGGACGUGUAAGGGGGAAACAAUAACUAGCAGAAACACAGGCAGGAAUCUUCGCGGCUGCAGGAAGGUCAAUGGAAGCCUCAACAUUUCUGUUGCAGGAGGCUUGAACAUCACGCAGCAACUUGAGGAGAAUCUUGGAGAGAUUGAAGAAGUAUCUGGUUACAUUCGGGUGUACGGUUCAGAUACCCUCUUUUCUCUCAAUUUCCUCAAGAAUCUUAGACAUAUUCGUGGAGAAGAGAAAAUGCAUGGCCUGUACGCCCUGUACGUGCUGGAGAACGCCAAUCUGCAGGAGCUUUGGGACUGGCGGCAACGGUCGGACGUUUUACACAUCCACAGUGGAUCUCUGUUCUUCCAUUACAACCCCAGCCUUUGUCCGCUUCUGAUUCAAAAGCUGGUCGUCAUGACCUCGGUUAAAAACCAAAAAUAUGCAAAUAUCUCCAACGAAUCCAAUGGAAACAGCCUCCCAUGUUUUGAAUCUGAGUUGCCUGUCCAGGCUCAGGCCGGGGAAGACGUGGGUACGAUCAUUGUCAGAUGGCAACAUGAAUACCAUGGCAUCGACGACCGCUUUGUCAUUGGUUAUUACGUGUUCUACAGAGAGACAAAUGAGAACGUUACGCUCUUCGGAGGACGUGAUGCAUGUAACGACAAUGAGAUUUGGAGAAGAGACUUCUGGGAAUAUAACAGGAAGCAAAACAGGUCGGUAUUGAUAGAAGGACUGCGCCCGUACACGAGGUAUGCACUGUACGUUUCUGCGUCCUAUACGGAUGCAGAAAAAAACGGCAAGCGGUCAAGGAUUAUUUAUAUCACCACUGCCCCUACAAACAAUCAUUUAAUCAAUGGGGCUGACGCUGACGGGGCGCAUAGCUGCAUCCACCCUUUCGCUUCCAGCCACUGGCGUUCCUCAUGGCGAGCUGCCAGGCAGGUUCCUCGGCCCAUUUCUAACUCCUCACAGAAGUUCCCAUAUAGCCUGAAGGCAGUCACAGAUUAUGCAAGUAACAUGUCUCAUGCCAGUCUCAUGGUGUAA